CCGCUAUCGCGUAGACACGCGCUAGAGACUGGGCGAUGACGUCACGGGUGCAGGAAUGGCGGCGCCGUCUGUCUGUGUGAGGGAGGGAGCCUGAAGAGCCUGAAAACUUUACUCCACAGCACACAUUCUGCGGAUUUAACACACCGCAUCGUUUCAGUCGCCGAGGACACGAGGACUGAGUUAAAAGGCACAGAGAGCUAUCCCGUGGCUUAGAGUCAAAUACGGCUGCGGAUAUAAGCUCGCUAAGCUAGCUAACUUAUUACUUGUAACUUCUUUACCUGCGUUAGCUAGGAAGCUAACGUUAGAGCUGUAGCUGCACUAGUGAAAGGUCUGACUUUAUUUUUUUUUGUCAUUUCUAACACCACACACUGAGAGGGAAAAGGGGUAGCUAAGGGACGCACUUGAGCCUUGGCUAGCCGGUUUAUUUCCGCUGGUUGACACUAGCAGUCCGGGGUAUAUUGCUGCCUAGCCAGCUAAGCGUUAGCAUUGUCGCUAAUAACUUAGCCUAUAUGCCACAAUGGAGAGUUUAACGCUGAGCGACGUCGAGCAGAAAUACUACUCGGAUUUGUUUGUUUACUGCGACGUGGACAACACGAAGAAAGUGGCCUCCAACGGCAAGGUGUUGGAGCUGUUCCGGGCGGCCCAGCUCUCCAACGACGUGGUGCUGCAGAUUACCGAACUGUGUGGUGCGACUCGGCUUGGACACUUUGGUAGGAGCCAGUUCUACAUCGCGUUGAAACUUAUUGCAAUCGCCCAGUCUGGACUGCCGCUUCGCGUCGAGAGCCUGAACAGUGUCAAAGACUUGCCCCUCCCUCGCUUUGUGGUCGGUAAGAAUGAACAGGAGGCCAGACAUGCGUCCGUGUACCCGGACACAGAGAACCAGGGGCCGUACUCCAGUGUGAUCCCCAGACCCCCGGGCCGAGUCGCAACCAAAAAAGUGUCCACGCAUGAAGUGAUCCAGCCCUGUGCGCCCCCUGUUGAGCCCCAGCCCGACACCACGUCUCCUGUAGUGUCGCCUCACCAGUCUCCGCCCACCUCACCUCCCGCAUGGAGGAAGCACAAGCGCCAACCCAGCGGCGGCACCGUGGACCGACAGGCUGCGGUGGCAGGAGCCGUGUGGCCACCUUUCAGGGAAGCACAAUCGGGUCCUGUGGCAGGUGAUGGGAUGUGGUCUGCCCACUCUCCUCCUCCUGUUCAGGAAAACUGGGUCAGUUUUACAGACACUCCUCCCUCCAGCACACUUCCAGCAAUGCAUCCCUCUUCUGCUCAGGAGAGCACAACAGUACGAACAGUGGCAUCUGCUGCUACUACAAACGAGAUCCAAAGACAGGCCAGUGGUUACGACGACCCCUGGAAAAUCACCGAUGAGCAAAGACAGUAUUACAUUAAUCAGUUCAAAACUAUCCAACCUGAUCUGACAGGUUUUAUCCCAGGCUCUGCCGCAAAGGAGUUUUUUACUAAGUCGAAGCUGCCUAUUUUAGAAUUGUCUCACAUUUGGGAGUUAUCAGAUUUUGAUAAAGACGGUGCACUGACCCUGGACGAGUUCUGUGCAGCGUUUCAUCUCGUGGUUGCCAGAAAGAACGGUUAUGACCUUCCUGAGAAGCUUCCAGAGAGCUUGAUGCCAAAGCUUAUUGACCUGGAUGAUUCAGCAGGAGUCCCAGAGCCUGCACCUGAGGUGGGCUUCUCUGGUUCCCCUGUGGAGGUGACGCCUAAUAAAUCUCCCUCCAUGCCUUCCUUAAACCAGAACUGGCCCGAGCUCAACCAGAGCAACGAGCAGUGGGAGACUUUUAGCGAACGCUCCUCAAGCUCACAAACUCUGACCCAAUUUGAUUCUAACAUUGCACCAGCUGACCCUGAUACGGCCAUCGUGCAUCCUGUACCCAUCCGUAUGACGCCUAGCAAGAUACACAUGCAGGAGAUGGAGCUGAAGAGAACUGGAAGUGACCACACACAUCCAACAAGUCCAUUAAUCGCUAAACCUCCCGAACUCUCAGAGGAGAAAAAGCUAGCAGCAAUUAAAUUCCCUGGCAGCACUGUAGGUGACGGCUAUAGCAGCUCUGAUUCAUUUACAUCUGAUCAAGAACCCAUUUCAAGUGCUGCAACCAGACAGAGGUCUCACUCUGGGACAUCUCCUGAAGGUCUGAAAGCUGUGGCUCCACCCCCUCCUCCUCCCCGCCCUCAUGCUUCACACUCACGCUCUUCCUCUCUAGACAUGAACAGGAACUUUGCCACUGUCACUGCAGGGGCUCAGCAGCAGGCAGGAGUGGUGGCUUUUCCUCCUGCUGUGCCUCCUCGACCACUGGCUACACAGACGUCAGUGCCACAUGGGCACCGUUCCGUAGAUGGAGAUGGUCUUCCAGCACAUUCCAGCACUUCACCCCAGCAGAUACCUGAACAGCCCAAUUUUGCAGAUUUCAGCCAGUUCCAGGCGUUUGCUGUGGAGCAGCCUGCAGAUGAAGGGGACAAACAGCAGGACAGUGGACAGGUAGAGAAAUGUGCAGACACUGCUGCAGCUUUGAGAUCAGUGAAGAAUGAAACUCAGCCGGAGGAACGACCUGCGGCCACUGUGAACUCUGCCAAAGGAUCCACUCCACUGGCCCCUCCUCCCAAACCUGUUCGGCGAAGGCUGAAGUCAGAAGAUGAGCUCAGACCUGAAGUGGACGAGCACCCUCAGAAGUCCAACAUCGUUGCCACUGUCCUCGCUACACAGCCUUCUAUACCACGGUCUGUUGGGAAGGAUAAAAAGGCAAUCCAAGCUUCCAUUAGAAGAAACAAAGAGACGAAUACGGUUCUGGCUAGACUCAACAGUGAAUUACAGCAGCAGUUAAAGGACUUGCUAGAGGAGAGAAUAUCGUUGGAAGUUCAACUGGAGCAGCUGAGACCUUUUUCCCAUUUGUAAGUGUGUGAAGGAAGAGCCGUGAAGAGCGACGGGAAAGGUCUGACAGAUCCUCCGGGAGGACGCUCAUGUCAGCCCUCUUCCUGCUCCUCAUCUGGCUGCGUGAGGAAAGACUGCUGCUUCCUCCAUAACGCUCUCACACAUCCCAUCCUGCUCUGAUAGAGAGGCUGUCCUCACAGCCAGGGGUAGGAAUAUAUAACAUUUUGGCACUUUGACAAAACAGAGUGUGAGUUAAAUAUAAAUGUCAGUCCUCUGCUUCUGCAGCACACAGUUAGCACUGCUAUUAUGGGGAGUAUAUGUUCUUGAAUCACACUGAGGAUGAUGGGAAGGUGAUGAUUCUCCAGCAGUUCUGGCCUGAUAAUCAUGUGAGUGCAGGGGAGGACUGAUUUAUUUUUGGGGAGAGAUCAUGCUCUGUUUCAGAAGUACGUUCACGAAUGACUGCUAGACACUCGUUCAUGUUUCUUGUAAGCUCCCUAACAUGCCAUUGGCCAACACCAAUAUACGUGUUUGUGUGCGCACGUGUGUAUGUGUGUGAGUGAUGGUUAUAAAUAUAUGGCAUAAUACAGAGUUUCUCAGCUCCGGUCCUGAAGGUCACUGCUCUGCACAUGCAUCACACCUGAUAAGCGCAUGAUGAUGAUGAUGAAGAAGAUGAAGUUUGAUGAUGCGUGUUAGCACAGGGUAAAGUGUCACCGGGAGUAGAGUUGAGAAACACUGGCAUAAUGCAUCAAAGACCGCUCUGUUUUCUUCUUUUAACAUCUGUGGUAUAAAAAUGUUUUUCUACCUUGUACAGUCAUUGACCCUGUAUAACAGAUCUUUUCUUUCAUGACUCCUGCACUCAUAAGAGCAGUUCCUGUAUGGCACAGAACCUGAGCGAGUCAUGCUUCAAAAUCAUGUUUUCCUGUUCCAUCAGUUUAAAAAAAUGAGACCUGAAACUGCACUUUCUUCCCCUUUGCUUUCCUUUGUUUGUCCGUAUUUUACCCUGUAACACUUUUUGCAUGUCGUUCCUGUUCUUAUUUGAUCUAAAACAGCUCUUAAAAUCGAACCACUUGAUUUGUACGUGUAUAAUCUUAACCAGUACUAGAGUUUUACAUUCUUACUCAAACUUAAUGUCUUAAGUGUUCGGUUAGUUAGUUUGUUUAUCUGUUUUUUCCCUUCGGUGUCCCCGAAGCCUUACUCCUUUCAUUCAGGUUUUUACACUAAUCUUCCCCCCGUGUUGAAUCAAGGUGAGCCUUUUUUUUUUUUCCUGCUGUUCAGGUCGAUGUACUGUAUAAGGGGUUUGUUGUAUAUUGUAUGAUACACACCUUUUGAUCUCAUAUGUAAAUUUGCAUUAAUUGCUGACUAAUAGCAAAUAUUCUAUUUAAUUGCUUAUAUUAUGGCUGUGGGAUCAUAGAUGUUUAACUGCAUGGAUGUAUCUCUGCAGAAUGAACUAGCAGCUGUGUGAUUUUUACACAAAAUAAAAAUGGCACAAUAUUUUAAUAA